AUGAGCCGUAGGGAUACUGGCAGCUGUGGUGGAGGGGACUUGAAGUGCACUUUUUCAGCACACACGACUACGUUCUUCAAAAACAUCGGGAACCAACGCGACUACGUUCUUCAAAAACACCGGGAACCAACGCGACUACGUUCUUCAAAAACAUCGGGAACCAACGCGACUACGUUCUUCAAAAACACCGGGAACCAACGCGACUACGUUCUUCAAAAACAUCGGGAACCAACGCGACUACGUUCUUCAAAAACAUCGGGAACCAACGCGACUACGUUCUUCAAAAACAUCGGGAACCAACGCGACUACGUUCUUCAAAAACACCGGGAACCAACGCGACUACGUUCUUCAAAAACACCGGGAACCAACGCGACUACGUUCUUCAAAAACACUGGGAACCAACGCGACUACGUUCUUCAAAAACACUGGGAACCAACACGACUACGUUCUUCAAAAACACUGGGAACCAACGCGACUACGUUCUUCAAAAACACUGGGAACCAACGCGACUACGUUCUUCAAAAACACCGGGAACCAACGCGACUACGUUCUUCAAAAACACUGGGAACCAACGCGACUACGUUCUUCAAAAACACUGGGAACCAACGCGACUACGUUCUUCAAAAACAUCGGGAACCAACGCGACUACGUUCUUCAAAAACACCGGGAACCAACGCGACUACGUUCUUCAAAAACACCGGGAACCAACGCGACUACGUUCUUCAAAAACAUCGGGAACCAACGCGACUACGUUCUUCAAAAACACCGGGAACCAACGCGACUACGUUCUUCAAAAACACCGGGAACCAACGCGACUACGUUCUUCAAAAACAUCGGGAACCAACGCGACUACGUUCUUCAAAAACACCGGGAACCAACGCGACUACGUUCUUCAAAACACCGGGAACCAACGCGACUACGUUCUUCAAAAACAUCGGGAACCAACGCGACUACGUUCUUCAAAAACACCGGGAACCAACACGACUACGUUCUUCAAAAACAUCGGGAACCAACGCGACUACGUUCUUCAAAAACAUCGGGAACCAACGCGACUACGUUCUUCAAAAACAUCGGGAACCAACGCGACUACGUUCUUCAAAAACACCGGGAAGCAACGCGACUACGUUCUUCAAAAACACCGGGAACCAACGCGACUACGUUCUUCAAAAACACCGGGAACCAACGCGACUACGUUCUUCAAAAACAUCGGGAACCAACGCGACUACGUUCUUCAAAAACAUCGGGAACCAACGCGACUACGUUCUUCAAAAACACCGGGAACCAACGCGACUACGUUCUUCAAAAACAUCGGGAACCAACGCGACUACGUUCUUCAAAACACCGGGAACCAACGCGACUACGUUCUUCAAAAACACCGGGAACCAACGCGACUACGUUCUUCAAAAACACCGGGAACCAACGCGACUACGUUCUUCAAAACACCGGGAACCAACGCGACUACGUUCUUCAAAAACACUGGGAACUACGAGGACUUUGGAGAGAGGAAAGCUUUUUGUUCACACCUGA